GGCUUGGAAGAGAGGGUAUUUGUUGUAUGGUCCUCCGGGAACCGGGAAAUCAAGUCUGGUUGUGGCCAUGGCUAAGCAUCUGAAAUAUGAUGUGUAUGAGUUGGAUCUUAGCAGUAUUUAUGGCAAUUCACGGCUGAGGAAUGUUUUCCUAGGCAUUCCUAGCAAAUCUAUCAUUGUGAUUGAGGAUGUCGACUGCUAUGAAAAGGCCCAACGUCGAUCCAACACAAAAGAUGACAACUCUCUUAAAUUGCGUUUCCUUAAAAAUAAGCUUUCGGGUCUACUGAACGCCACAGACGGGCUCUGGUCGGGCUGUGGGCAGGAGAGGAUCAUCAUAUUCACCACCAAUCACAAGGACAAGAUUGACCCUGCAUUGCUUCGUCCUGGCCGGAUGGAUAUGCAUAUCGAGUUGUCCUACCUAAAGCCGUCGGCUUUUCCGGUGCUGGCCUACAACUACCUUGGUCUCCGUGACGGUGAUCACCCUCUUCUUGAAGAAAUCCAGAACUUGUUGGAGUACACAAAGGUGACUCCUGCUUCUGUUGCGGAAGAAUUGUUGAGGAGCGAGGAUGUAAAUGUCGCCCUUGGAGGAGUUGUUGAAUUACUUAAGCAGAAGAAGACGGCGGAGGUCAACGACGGGGAAGACGACGGUGAAGACGACGGCGAAGACGGCGACGACGAAGACGACGGCGACGACGAAGGUGACGGCGAAGACGAAGACGACGGCGAAGACGACGAUGCAGCAGCAAAGAAGAGAAAAUAAUCUGAAACUAUUGAAAUGCUUUCCUGAUUUUUUUUCUUUCUGGUGGGAUAUUAAUUUAUGU